AUGACGAGACUCCCGGGAGGCCCCUGGAAAAUGGUUGCAAUGGACUUCCUAGGACCACUUCAAGGAGAUACAAACAUUUUUCUCGUUAUAGACUAUUAUAGCCGCUUCUACGAAGCAAGAGUCAUGAAAUCCAUCACUGCACAGAAGACCAUUGAAGAAUUGGAGGAAAUAUUUUCAAGAUUUGGCCUCCCAGAGCACAUCACUGCAGAUAAUGGAACUCAAUUUACAAGCACUGAAUUCCGGGACUACUGUUUGCAAAACGGCAUCACGCUGAGAAUAAACACCCCGAAAUGGCCUCAAGCAAACGGGGAAGUCGAGAGACAAAAUAAAUACUUGCUGAAAAGACUUCGAAUAGCGCAAGCUUCAGGAGAAAACAUCAUCAGAGCCUUAAGACAAUACUUGUUUGCGUAUCACAAAACACCACAUUGCGUAACGGGGAAAACACCAGCAUAUCUCAUGUUCGGGAGGGAGCUCCGAGAUAAACUACCUAGUUACCAGAACAAUUUCUUCAAGCCAAUUACCGACACCGAGGUGCCGUCUGAAGUUGAAAUCGGAGAUGAAGUACUACUGAGAAGAGACGUUAUUUCCGACAAACUAGAGACACCGUAUCUCCCGCAACCUGGUAGAGUGACGAAUAAACUGGGCAACUCCGUGACUAUCGAAACACCAGAUGGGCGUAAAGUACACAGGAACACACCCCGUGUGAAGCCCUACAACAAGGAACGAGAAGGAGAAAACCCAAUCCAGCCUUCAGUGGAAGAUAUCCAACAAGAACGACAAGAACCAACGGAGAGGCAUUCGGCGAGACAAAGGCAACCGCCUCCGUGGACCAAAGAUUUUGUUUGCUAA